AUGUCGUCUACCGGCGGUCGUGGACGCGGCUCGGGUGGCGCUCGAAUCCCGAACGGCGCAUCUUCUUCGUCAUCUGAGCGCCCUCGCAGCGCCGGCGCGCAUCGUCCAGGCGGCAGCGACCGUGGCCGUGGUGCAGCUGCUGCAUCGCAAGCUGGACGUGGAGCUGGACACCAUGGUGGCGCCAACAGCGGCGGCAGCCAUCGUGGCCGCGGCGGCAGCCAUCAAGACCCGUCGUUUCGUGGUCGUGGUGGCGGUCGUGGAGGCUUUGACCACGGCCAUCAUCGCGGCGGCGGUGCCGAUCGUGGCAGCCGUAGUGGUGGUGGUGGUGGUGGUGGUCGUGGUGAGCAUCAUCACCAUGGCCCCGCACCUCCGCUCUCGACCGAGCGCAAGCUGGCGUUUGGAGUUGCCAUCAAGACCAAUGACCUCAGCAGAUUGCUUCAAAGUAACGUCUCCAUGUCCAUGUUCUCGUUGCGCGUCUUGGCGCUGUGGACUGUGCCCAGCAGCCAAGCGGAGCUGUGGCACAGUUUGACGUCCGCCGGCGAGAACUGCACGCCUGGUGUGGACGUUAUGGUCAAAAUUUUGAAGCACCCGAACGCGAGCAUUGUCGUCCAGAACGCCUUUACACCGACAAGCGACCUGGACAUGUACCUGCUGAAUCAACCGUAUCUCAGCCACAACUCCAAGACCAUCUCCUUCCAAUUGAUCGUGCUGCCGCUCCUGAAAGUCCUCGGCUCCGAAGCGUUUACUUACGCCACCCAGCGCCACGAGUUGAUUGACAAGCUGUACGACGGAGAGCUGAGAACUUUCUGGCUGGAUCAGCUGCCGCGCCUCCUGGAGCGCCUGGCAAAGCUGGACCGUGCUACGCCUGGCCUGACCAUCGUCGAUCCUUCGGGCCCGCACUCUGCAACGGACGCUCGGUUGCCCGCACUGCGUAACGGCCAGCUGGUAGGCGGUCUUCGUCCAGAGACUGUCACAAACGAGGGCGACUCGCCGUUUGGCGUCCAGAACAUUCCCGUGUUUGAUCCGGAGAACAGUAUUCUCGAUGUCUAUCUUCCAGUGCUCACGUUCCUGUACGAGGUCCUGGCCUACAAGAAGAAUGAGGUUGUCGACCGAGAAGAUGCGAUUGUAUCCAGCAUCCGGGCGGAUUUGUGUGAGAAUGCUCGGGCACUUGCGCUGGGCCAACUUGGCACUCUGUAUCCCCAAUCGGCCGACAAGGUCAUUCAGGCUGUCGAGCAGCUACAGGACCUCAUCGACGCUCAGCUGCAGCACAAGCUUCGCAGCCAAUCUGGCCCGGAGCCCACUGCCGCGAAAUCCGUCAAUGCAAAGGAGCACUCGCGCGCUGCUGUGCAAGAUGACCGCGCCGCGCAGGACUUCCCAGGCACCCUGUCCCGUUUUGGUCCGCGACAUGGCAACGAUCACGCAGACAUCCAAGACAUUUCUGUGGUGCCAACGCUGGAUGAACUGCUUUGCCCACGCGCACCGUACCUCCCUCGCAACGCCGACAACGCGAUGCACCACUUGCACGAUGCAAACCCGGCCAUCCGACACUUGGACACGCAUUUCCGCCUCAUGCGCGAAAACAUGCUCUCCCCCGUCCGCGACGCUCUCAUAUCCUUCCUCACGUUCCUGACCGCCCAAGGGCAGGCAAACGCUGCUCUUGAUGUUGCUGUCGCGCAUCCAGCCGAGCUUUGGCGCCGUGCCGGUCUGGCUUUGCGCUCUCUCGCUCAAAGCAACAGAAUGCGUUGGCGUUCCAACGACGCAAUUCAACGUGCGAGCGAUCAGGCCGUGAAUUGGGUGCGCCAGCUGCUGACACAGGGCUUUUUCCAAGUUGGCGCGGAGAUUGCUCUUGAAGCUCGUGCGCGACACGCGCCAGAUCCCGACGAUCGGCUCGACGGUUUGCUCGACGGUUUGCUGGCAGAAGAAUUUCGGGGAAUGGCUCUGAAUCCUGCCGCUCAAGUCGCCGGUGGCCGAGCCAACGCUGAUGGGAACGCACGACGCGCAGCGGCCGCCCCGGCGCCAGACGUCCCCAGAAACGGCGACGGCCCCACGCAAGUCGAACUAGACGAAGGCUCAGACUUGCUUGUCUAUUACGAUCCCGUUGCUAUCGACCUUGACUACAUCCCCAGGUCCGGCGUUGUCCUCGUGGUUGAAGUGACCAUCCCGGGCCUCGUGAAUUUGAACUCGUUCAAAGAACGCGAUGCUUUCUGGGACCAAACCUCCAGUCUCAAAACGAACACAUUGCAACAACAACAACAACAACAACAACAACAACAACAACAACAACAACAACAACAACAACAACAACAACAACAACAACAACAACAACAACAACAACAACAACAACAACAACAACAACAACAACAACAACAACAACAACAACAACAACAACAACAACAACAACAACAACAACAACAACAACAACAACAACAACAACAACAACAACAACAACAACAACAAUCCCCUGCACAUCCAACGACCGGACGAGACGCAAAUGCAACUCUUCUUUGGUCAUGGAGACUUGGCCUCAAGAUCGAGCCAGCGGACGCGGCAGUUGAGCUUCUCGACAGGCUUCGCACGCCAGUGGCAAGCUCGGGCUUGUUUUCCGUGCUUGUGGAAGUGACUGGCGGCUACUUUGCUGCCUACGAGCCAACACUGAAUGCGUUGAAGCAACACGACCCGCAUCGUCUGCCGUUCAAGGAGGAGAUUACCAAGGGCGACUCUGAGGCGUAUCCGCCAGCGUACAUUGACGCAACCACGACUUAUGACUUGUCCCGGAUCUUGACCAAGCCCGAUCAGGCGCCAGGCGUGUUGUGUCGGGUCCCCAUGGACUAUCCUGACGCCUUUCCUGUUGCAGAGUUGGUGCGGAACUCUACCUUCGACGAGAAUCAAGCCAUGGCUCUCAAGACGGCACUCACUCGACGCCUUGCGAUUAUUGAGGGCUCGCCGGGCUGCGGCAAGACUUGGGUUGGUGCGCGAAUAGCUGAGGUGUUACUGGCAAACCGAUCGGCAUGGACAACCGAGCACGGCAACCGCCCGAUUGUCGUCGUCUGCCAAACCAACCACGCCUUGGACAGCUUCCUGCUUGAUUUGUAUCACAAGGCCGGUAUCACGUCGAUUGAGCGGAUUGGCUCUCGAUCCGAGCACAAAGAAUUGUUUGACACGCUUCGGCCGCAAGCACGCAAUGACGCACGACGACUUGGGAAAAAUUUCGGAGACGCGCUGAGGGCAGGCGAGAUCUGCUGGGAGAGCUUGAACCGCGUGCUUGAUGCCUACCAGACUCCUCCGUCUUUGAAUGGGCUGCUCGAUACCCUCAAGACGAUCAAUCCGUUGGCGGCCGCCCGGAUUCGUGGCAUUGACUCUGACGGGUUUCAGAGAGCCACCAAAAACAAGUGGCUCAACGCUACCGGCAUCCGACGAGGGUUUGACUCGAACGAGCCCGUCAUGAGCCGGGAGGCGCUCCGUGAUUUGCUUGCACGACAGCCAGAUCCUUGGCGAUGGCAGCACUAUCAGCGAAUCGCCUUGGUCGCCCUCAUCGUCGCGGAAUGGCGCAAAGACAUGCGCGCAAAGCUUAUUGCUAGAAUGAGCGAGCUGGAAGAGUGCGCUGCGCGUUUUCGCGAAGCACAAAAUUCACGCAACCUGUCGAGCAUGGUCAAGGCGGAUGUGAUUGGCGCGACCACCACUGGUCUGGCAGCGCGACUGGACUUGUUUGCAAAGCUCGCCUCUCCGAUUUUGAUCAUCGAGGAAUCGUCCGAAAUCGUCGAGUCGCAUGUGCUUGGUGUGCUGUCCCGGAGUGUUCAGCACCUCAUCAUGAUUGGCGACCACAAGCAGCUCCGGCCACACGUCGAAACGUACCGCUUGUCGAUUGAAAAUCAUCGCCAUGCCCUCGACCUUGACGUUUCGCUGCCCGAGCGCCUCAUCAAGACCGGCUUGCCUUACUGGACCCUCUCGACGCAACGCCGGAUGAGGCCGGCCUUUGCUGACAUUUUGCGACUCAUCAAUCGUUACCCAACGCUGAAAGACCAUCCCACGACGCAUGCGUACCCUGCGCUGCGCGGCACCUCGGAUUGCAACCGAUUCAUUUCGCACAACUUCCCCGAAGGCGAGCAAGCCCAGAUGACCUCGCGAUCGCACUUCAACGAGCAAGAGGCCGCCAUGGUUGUCGACUUGGUACGCUACUUUGCGCAGCAGGGCUAUGGCGAUCGCGCUGACGGCACUGGAAUUGCCGUGGUCACUCUCUACACGGGUCAGCUGAAGCGCAUCCGAGAGAAGCUGCAAGCGGCCAAGCUCGUUCGUUUGAAGGUCGACGAACGCGACGAGGAGCUGCUUGCCAAGGAAGCCGACGAAGCAAAUCCCAACCUCGAUUCGCCUCAAGUCACCGCCCGGGUCGAGUCGCUUCGGUCGUUCGCACGCAUUGCCACCAUUGACAACUUCCAAGGCGAAGAAGCGGACAUUGUCAUCAUCAGCACAGUCCGCAACGCGCAGGCAAGAGGCAAGCAGAAGAUUGGCUUUUUGAAGUCUGAAAACCGCACAACGGUGCUGCUGUCUCGCGCGCGGCAGGGCCAGUUCAUUCUCGGCAACGCAAUGCUCCUUGCUAGCAAUUCGUCCAUGUGGCGAAAUGCGCUCGACGUUAUGUUUCAACGUGAGCAGAUCGGCGACUCGUUCCGCGUCAAAUGCGACGUCCACGGCGAGAUUGGUAUCGCAGCCAAGCCCGGGGAUCUGCCGGCACUUGCACCUGAUGGAGGCUGCAACCGGCCUUGCGCGAUUCGCCUGCCAUGUGGACAUCCUUGCGAGCUCAAGUGCCACCCAAACACGCCUGGUCGCCACGAAACUGACCGCUGCAUGCGUCCGUGCCAACGAACCGCCCCUUGCGGCCAUCCAUGUGGCGGCAAGUGCCACGAGUCAUGCGAAAAGCUUGCGUGCGCAAUCCCGCUGGGCCUGCCGAUGCGCCUUGCCUGCGGCCAUGUUGUCGCGACCAAGGAGGUCAUUGCCGCGCUGCGCCAAAAUGAAGCAACGCACACCCCAGCAGGAUACGUUCGUGUCCGUUCGGCGGAAGAUGUGCGAGUACCUAACCCCGUCCCUCUGGGCGAAUUGAAUUGCGUUAAUCGCUUGAGCUGCAAAGAUGUCCGCACCACAUCCGAACUAUGCCCCGUGAGCAUGGAAUGGCGCGGCAAGUGCAGCCACGCACCGAAAAUGGUACUCUGCAAGGACUUUGCAACCGCAGAAUGCACCGAGAUUUGCGGGCAGCAGCUGCAGGGUUGCUUGCACCCUUGCGAGUCAAACUGCUGUGGGACGCGCCCUCAUCCUCCGUGCUCCUUCCGAUGCAAGCGGACCCAGCCAUGCGGGCACGAAUGCGGCGGCACCUGCCAUCCUGCAAGCAAUUGCCCGGCAUGUACCAAGCCCUGCGAGCGGCAUUGUGAACACUCUUGCUGCAGCAAGGACUGCGGCGAUGCUUGCUCUCUUUGCGUGGAGCGGUGCACUUGGUCUUGUCCGCACGGCGACCCAUGUAUUAUGCCAUGCGACGCACCUUGCAGCAAACUUCCAUGCGACAAGCGCUGCGAGCGUCAACUCGAUUGUGGCCACCAGUGUCCCGGCGUUUGUGGCGAGAGCUGUCCAGAGCCCGAGGAAUGGUGUCUCGAGUGCUUGAAGCAGGCAACACAGCUCCGGCCGCACAGCGGCCUGCGUCGCCCGAAUGCCCAGCAACCAGACGCUGCCUCAGAGUCAGUGUUGAAGACAUGGAACUUGGAUGCUGUCGUUGACCUUUCCGAGAUGAAAAAGGCUUGCGAGAUCGACCCGACGGAGGAUCCGCUGAUUUUCCUGGGUUGCGGCCAUGCGUUUGCCAUGUCGACGAUGGAUGGUAUUACCAGCUUGCGCGAAUUCUACAAGCACAAUGGGCAGCAAUGGCACGAUGUUCGGGUGCUCCCAAGUCGCUCUGAACGCACGAUGCCAAAAUGCCCCACCUGUCGCAGUCUCAUCACCAAGGACAAGCGCAUCUACCGCUACGGGCGUGUGACUGGUGCGCUCCGUCUGGACUCCACAGAGCUGCUGCAUCUCCAGCAGUCCCGGCGACUCAGUGCUGCACUUGCCUCGGUGGUGCAGGCAUCGCCGGUGGAGCGUAUCAAGCUUCAGCAGGACAUCAGCUCGGCUUUCGACCAGCUGCCUGGAUGGCGAGCUGCGAGCCAGCACGAGCUGCUGUUUGCGCGCUUCUGGUGCAUCCAUCGGGCGUACUUUUUGGCAACCUACGAUCCUCUGUCCAGGAUUAGUCAAGCCAUCGCUUCGGCAAUCUCGCGCGCGGGAUCUGCCAAUCCCGCAAUCAUGCCCACCAUGCGUGCCGAGCAGGCGCAUCAAAAUGAGCUCGCCCGUCGUCCAACUGCCGACGUGUCGUCGCGGGUGCGUGCCUGCGCUCUCCUGUGCGACCUAUCGCGAUACUUCACCGCCGAGACGGUCUAUUCAAGCUCAGUUUGGCAGGUCAUUGACGACACUGUUCGCCGCGGCUUAAAGCUUGCUCAGGAUGGUCAACUGUGGCCGCUCCUGCUCAGUCUGCAGACGGCCUACUUGAAUCUGCUGUUGAGUCGAACACGAGGGCCUGACCAAGUCGAGGGGCUGUUUCAAACGCAAGUUCCAGAUCUUCAGCGUCUGCUGGCGUCGCACCAGUUCCAGCCGGGCGAAGUACAGGAUGCCAAAGCUCUGAUCGAGAAGGUCAACCUGUUGCGCGACCCGACUACUGCUUUGCUGCACAAGAACAACCUGACUUUGAAGGAAUUCAAGGAAAUUGCUGCAGCAACAAAUCUUUCGACCAACGGUCACUGGUAUACAUGCCCGAACGGCCACCCGUACGUUGUUGGAGAGUGUGGAGGACCUAUGGCCAUGGCCGUUUGUCCAGAGUGUCAAGCGCCGAUCGGUGGCAGUAAUCACAUCAGUGCUGCGGGCAACCAUGGUCUCCAUCUAAACCUUUAA